CGUCCGUAAAGGCUUUAUGAACGCCGAAAAAGCUGGCUGCCGGGUACGCAACUAGGGCUGCUCUAGUGACAGUCUCCCGAGUUUUUCUCCGGCGUUGGACGCACGCGGAAGAUUCGCGUCGCCUGCGUUUGACCAGUUUGCCUCCUCCGAAUCCUUCGCGCUUAACCGUUAGGCAAAAGGCUGGCUGUCUCAGUACAGAGGCGAGAGGACCACGGGAUCUCGCCGUCGACUCGAGCCCCGAGUCGGUGAAGAUCCGCGCGCAAGAAAGACACCGCCGGAACUUCACCUUCUUCGUCUACCUUAGCUGAUUCUCAGUUCUCCAACGAGCAUAUCCCAGGCGUGUGGCGCUCGCUCGGCUGUGAUCCACGUCGCUGUCUCGUCCAAAUUGCGGCAUUCCCGGUCGCCGUUCUCAGUCGGAAGACGCCGUACACAACGCUCAGCGGCCGACCUGGACGGAUCGUUUUCGGUGCCGCGUUUGUUGUGCGUGUCUGUGAGACGUCCAGGACGCGAGUGCCCAAGAGCUAGCCGCCUUCCUCGGCCGACGAGCACUUGUCGACGAAGUCGGGACGCUCCGCGCGUCGUGCGACAGGCCGCCACCGGCUGGCCCUGUGCACGGUUACCGUCGAGGCCACGGUGAAGAGGGCGGUUCUGUUUGUGCCUCCGGAUCGGCCGUGGAGGUCCGUCCAGCCAGUGCCAGCCUGAGCUUUCACGGAACUGAGCCAGCUGGAGCGCCACUUUCCCGCUGACCUCGGACUUUGUCCUUGUUCGGCCCAGGCCUUAAAUAGGUGAGACGUAUAGGAGUCCAGGAAAGGGCGGGCUUGUGGUCACGGUGGGGACGGGAGCUGCCAGAGCGCAGGCGACGGUGCGCGACGUCCCUGCGGAUGCAUCCUGUAUGACGGCGGUGCGACGACGACUGCAUUGCAUGGAUCGCUUCAUCUGAGCCAGGAAGAGCGAGCCAACAGGCGACCUUGAGCAAGCCGGACGACGCAGGUGGUGGUGUGCGAUCGUGAAGAAGCACCAGCAGCAGCAGGCAGAGGCCGGGGGCCACCCAGCGACCGCUGAGGCGGCGCUGUCGGGCUACCUGCGGGACGUUGCAACGCCAUGCAGAGCCUGCGUGAGCUCACGGGCCUGGACCCGCGCGAUCUGACCUCGGAGGAGGACCUGGUGCUGGUCAGGUCCCACGAGCCGUGGCCGUCGCUCGAGCCUCUGCCCGACGGGGUCCGCGCCCACCGCGACGGGGCCUACCUGCGCCUCGGUCGAGACUCGCUGGUAGCGGGACUCAAGGCGGGAUACUUGGCCAAGAUCAGCGCCCAGGUCGCGGUGUUUGCGGGCUGUCCCCGCUUCUGCUGCUCGCGUCGCUUCCAGGAGGCAGUGACGCAGCUGUGCUGCCGCGCCACCACCGUGGUGCUGGUGCACAACCUCAACACCCUGUGGGACCUGCUCGCCCUGUUCCCGGCGCUGGACACCCUCUACCUGCUGCACGACCUCGCGGUGCACCAGCAGUGGACGCCACCCGCGGAGGUCGACGGGGUGCCGCACGCUCUAGCCAACGGCGAGUCGGGUGACCACGCUUCGCUGUCACCGGUACAUGCCAGUCUUCGGCUCCUGUACGGGGACUGCGACGCCCUCCGCCUGAACCACCUGUUCCUGGGCACCGGGGCGACCUUAAGCCUGGCACAACAAUGCGCCAACCUGAUCGAGCUGGAGGCCAACAUUGUGGAGCAGGCGACUGGCGCGUCACCAAAGCUUCCAGAGCUCGACGCGGAGGCCGGUGCCCCGCGCCCAUGGAGCAGCCUGGUGCUGGGCUGCGCGCUACCCACGCAAGAGGUGUUCGUGUCGGCGGACAUCGUUCUGGAGGCGGCGAAGCGCUGUCCCGUGCUCCGCCACCUGCAGAUCGUCGCGUCCAACGAGGCGGCCGUCUACAGCGCCGGCGCGUUCCAGGAGCUGCGGUCCCUGUCGGUGCUGUACCGCACCGCCGACGGCUCGCCGCCGAAGAAGUGUCGCUACCGCGCCGUCUCCGCCGUGCUGUCCAAGUUCUCGCUCGAGGCCCUCUGCCUGCGCGCCUUCUCGGCCGUCAGCUUGACCGGGCUGGCCACCAGCUGUGCCCGGCUACGCCGGCUGCAGCUGGUCGACUGCGAGCUGCGCGACCUCGAGCUGCUGGACGACGCGUUCCCACAGCUGGAGGAGCUGGAGGUGAGCUACGUGCCGCCCAAGGGUCUGGUGCGUCUGAUCGCCGCCUGCCCGAACCUGAGGUCGCUGUCGAUCCGGGACCGGGGCGCCUCGUUCGGCUUCCUGCGCGAGGCCUCGUGUCCCAAGGCGGGGCGCCUGGCCAGGCUCGAGCAGGUGGCGCUGAACGCCGACCGGUCGCUGAGGGAGAUGGGCCUCGAGGAGCGCGACCUGCGCAUGACCGUGAACGCGCUGCCUUCGCUGGCUCGCGUCGCCGUCGACUCGUUCGAGGCGCGCCUUUUCCUGGCGGAGUACGCGCCCCGUCUGGAGCUCGACUGGUCGACGUGCUCCGUCUGCGCGGCCAGGUUCCCGCAGUGGAACAGGGAGCACGUGGACCUGUGGGCGCAUGCGCAGAAGUCCCCGGACGGCUAGGACCUCUCGCGGAAGGACGCGGAACUAGAGCGGGAGAAAGGUCCGGACUGGGUGCGCAAGGAUUGCGUGAGACCAACGUAGUGUUGGCGCGUGAAGUUCGCUUUAGCGCGACGCGUACGACCGCAAGGGAUUUCGCCCGUCUUUGCGUCUCACUGUCUCGUUCUCUUUGCAUUUGCGGUAACAUGUUUUCGCGGUGGUCCAGUGAAAUGAUUUUGCUUUCAUCGUUUUUCUUUUUGUUGUUUGUUCGUCGCAGAACGAGGAGCACUACAGCACCUACCUGAUUGACGAUAUUUAGGAUAUGCAUAAAACCGGGUGUCGUGUGCUGACCGGCGCAAUACAUAGUGAUAGAAUAUGAGUUCUCCCAGAUUCCUUGUGUGUUUCAUCGUUAAUACGUUUGAAAACUUAUAUGGCAGCAAGUGCGUGAGAUUAUUGACGACGAGCACAUUAUUAGUGUGUGGCGCAGGAUUCCAAAGACCGUCUGACCAAUUAUUUUUACGCGUCCUUAGAACAUUUCUUUGAAACCUCACCUCUAGUCACUAUGUCGUUCGGACAGUCGAUGUACUCUACAAAACACGCACAUGAAUAAUAACGGUGUACCCUGCUUGGCGAAGAUGCUGCAGUUGAACAAAGAACGUGUGGACCUGCGGAGCGUGGCCGAUUGGGCACCGUACGAUAUAAAUUUGCAUGCAGCGUGACCAUGGAAUGCUUGAAUAGAGAGGUCCAGGGUGAUAAGGAGUUGUGGUAGGACGCGCAGAAUAGAUGUUUACCACUGGUCUUUUUUUCAGACCAAGGAGUGCCUUAAAGUUCGGUUUAAUGUGAUGUAUGCUUCAGUGUUGCAUUGAACAUGCAGUUCGCAUUGUGCCAUCAAAUACCGCGGGUUGGCAACGCAGCAAACUAAUACGGCAGAUAAAAAGUCAGUCCAAUGUUCGCGUCAGUCGCUCUUUUCUGCGUGCUCACUGCAGGUCCUGCAGAAUCUGAAUUAUGCUACACCAACUGGACCAAGUUUCUGCCGUAUUGACAUUCUAUACAAGGAGGCAGCGGGGCCGCUGCCUGCGAUGUUUUCUACAAUAAAUCGGUUAUCAGAAGCGCCUCCCCGUC